UCUCUUCUCUUCACUCUUCAGUUCAAUUCCACCAUUAUUGCAUUUCGUUCAUUUCGUAGUGAAAUCAAUCAAUGAGUUUGUUGAAUUUCAAUACUCGUUUUCUUCGCUAUUCAAUCCAUCUUUGAUUCUCGCAAUUCUCGCAAUUCACAUUUACGGGGAAAACGCAUUUCGCUUUCGCUUUUUCGUUAAUCCAUUUCCGUCUAGAUUCUGAUUAUCAUUUGAUUGAAAAUUUGAAAUGCGUUUCGCUAUUGAUUUUCAGUUUUUGUUAUUCGCGUUGUUUUGAGAAACGGUUUGGUUUUCUGAUUUUGUGAUUCGGAUAUUUAUUUUGUUUAGGCUUUGUUUGGGAGGUUUUUAGGGAGAGAAAUUUUCACUUACUUAAGAAAGUGCUUUUAUAGGGAAUCUGAAAAUUGAUUUUGAGAGUUUUAUAACAACAUUGUGUAGAGUGGUUUGAGUGAAAUUAGGAUGGAAAUUGCUGGCCAGAAUGGUGGCGUAUACGACGAAGACGAGGCGUUAAGACGGUUGUAUGAUGUGUUUGGAGCUUCGUGUACUCUUGAAAAUAUAGCUCAUGCGUAUUGCAAGGCGAAUCGAAAUAUAGAUUUGGCUGGGGAGAUUUUGUAUGAUAUGAAGGAGGGAUCCUCGACCUCGGGGAAUCAGUCGUGUAACUCGGAUGCGAAAGUGGAGGUGUCGUCAGAGUCAUCGGACGGACGUUCCUUUGAGAGUUCCUUCAAUGGGAGGAAAGGAUUCAAGCCGAAAAUUCGGCCUGUUUCAGCGGGCACUGUUUCGAGUGUUAUUGGUAAGAGUUAUGUUAAACCCGCGCCAUCGGUUAAUGGGUUUAACGGUACGACUAAACCACCUAAGUUGGACGCGAGGACGAUGCCAGUGACUGGAAUCUGGCGUGAGAAGAGUAAGCCAAAGGCUGAUUCUUCAAAGCGCGAUCAGCUUCAAGAGGACAUGGAGGAAUUUUUGUUCAAGAUGCUUGGAGAUGGGUUUAAGCUGGAAAGAAAUGUCAUACGUGAAGUUCUAGAAACUUGCGGGUAUGACAUGAAAAAGAGCUUGGAAAACCUGCUAGAUCGAUCGGCGAUGGCUUUGGACAAAAGGCCAGCUGAUGUCCGUGAUGUACCUGGGAAGGUUGCAGAUAUGAAAAGAAAAUCUGAAGCACCGGGAUUUGAAAAACAGUCUAACGAUUUAAAUUGUACUAGAGGUAAUGGAAACAUAGAUUCAGUCAAAGAAGCGGAAGUACAUCAGCGGCAAAAAGAGAGACAUGACAUUCAGAAAGAAGUCUGGUCUAAUUUGUUUAGUUACCGGGAGUAUGUUGAGAAGCCUCCUAAGAGGUAUGUAAGGCGUGAGAAUACGAAUUUACCCUAUGGAGAUGGACACGUGGUGUUUGAACCUCCCAAAGAUUCAGCGGAGGAAUACAAGAUCAACAUGGACUUCAGGAGACGAGAUAAUGAAGAUGAUGCUGAGGAUGAAGCAGAUUACCAAUGCGUGCGAAAAGCUGUGAAGGAAUAUCGGGUGACAAUGAAGGAAUACUAUAAAGCUGCUGUUGAAGCAUUUGCGAAGGGAGAGCAAAUCAAAGCUGAAAAACUUCUUGAAAAGGGACAAUUUUACAAGAAUAAGGCACGUGAAGCUGACGAAGAAUCUAGCAAAAUGAUUCUUCAAACUAGGGAUUCAGAACCCCCCCUAGAACUCGACUUGCAUGAGCAUGACCCUAAGGAAGCUGUUAGGUUACUGAAGUGUCAUCUUUCUUCUCUUUCUGGUUUUUCAUCAUUCGACCACCUCAAGAUUAUCUUUGAUGCAAAUGACCAAGCUAACAAAAAAAGGUCUUGCAGACGACUGGUAUUGAAACUAUUAGAGCAAGAGUCUAUAAAGUGGGUCGAAGGAGAAACGGCUGGAACAAUAUUGAUCCGCUUAGAUAACAUUGACCGAAAACAGCUGAGUUUUUUCAAAGCAUAGCAAUUUUGUUUUGAACUAAGAAUAGCGGUUUAUUAUGCGAAAGCCUGAUUACUUACUAGCUAACAAUGAAUGGCCGCCUAACUUCCGUGAUGUGUUAGCAGUUAACAGUUGGUCAAUUUUGGAAUUUUGAGGUUGUGGGAGUGAGUUGGUUGUUUGGUUCCAUAUAGUUUUCAUGAGUAUAAAGAUCCAAAUCAAUGAGCAUUGUUUUGUCUUUUGUUUGGCACUUGUGAUUCUGUAAACAUUGAACAUUGAUUGUCCAUGCUUGUGAAAUGCAAAAGUUGUUUCACUUGCAUGUAAGGCAUAUGAAGCUUUGACUCUGUUGAGUUCAUAUGAAUGAUAUAUUCUUCAAGAUUAUAAUUUGCAUGUUGAAAAGUACUUAAGUUUGGUUGGAGUCAGUCACGAUAAUAGUAUUGGUCAAAAUAUGUUGUUGUUGGGGGAGCUAACGGUUUAAGAAUUAGAACAUGUGGUGAUUAUGGCUUCAUUCUCUAGGCAUGACUAUAAACACUUCUAGAUGGAUGAAAUAUGUCAAACUUACCCAGCUGAAUUAUAAAAUGGACUUUAUA